CACACACACACACACACACACACACACACACACACACACACACACACACACACACACACACACACACACACAUAUGUAACAUAUAAUAUAUAAUAUAUCAUGAAUUUCGAUACCACGGAUUUAAUGACCAACUACUGAUAAAUUGGUACAUGUGCGCGGUAUGAAGCUGAAUUAUAACUAGGAUAUCACUUCGAUGAACUCCUCUCAUUCUUCUCCUAUUGUCUACAACUGCAGUGAAAAAAAAAAAAAAAAAAAAAAAAAAAAAAAAAGACUUGUAAUUGAGUUCACCUUACCCUGCACAAUAUCAUACGUUUCUUGUUCUGUUCUCCCUUAGGCUUAUUUGUGUUUUGUUCAUGAUGUAAAACGUUCAUAGUACUUACAAUGUUUAAUGUUUUACCUACUAUAACAUGAAAUUAAUUCAGCAAGACCCUUCUUAUUGCCUCAGAAUGCCUGUCCACGAUAAUCUGGUCACGGAUGGAACCGUCAAGGGAACUACCAAAUUCACAUGAACUCGCUUAUACCUUAGCGUAUGAACAUACUUAUCCAUUGGUUUAUCGUGCAUUUGAAGAAAUGGAAUCAAUGAUUAAAAUGCCAAGUGAGAGCAGCAACUUCGUCUGAAUAUGCAGCAAUGGUGUUGGGCAUUUGAGCAAGCACUUCUUGUACCUGAAUAUCUGCAGCAUUCAGUAAUACCAACUUCCUUCUGCGUUCGUCUGCACUUUCUUCGCCCGGUUCCAGGAAAAUCUCUAACGCGGCCAUCCACGACCUCCAUCUUCAAGCGACUUCCGACGAUUCCCCAUCAGUGAAGAAUUUCCGGGUGGCAUGUAAAUCGGUGAAAAAUGGCCUCAACUAGGAAAGUGUACGACUUGGUUAUCAUUGGAGCAGGAAUGAUGGGCUCAGCAGCAGCAUAUUAUUCCUCACAAAUACCUGGUACAUCAGUCUGUCUAGUUGGACCUUCGGAGCCAAAGGUUCGCAAAGAACAUGAAAUAUUUGGAUGCUGGUUUGACGAGGGAAGAAUUUGCUGUCGUGUGCAAGAGAAGCACACUUGGUCAGUUUUAUCAUCAAGGUCAAUUCAGAGAUACAGGGAAAUUGAAAAGCAAACAGGUAUAAACUUUUAUUCAAAUGUUGGCUGCAUUCAGUGUUUAGUGGAAAAGGAGGAUUUUGAGAGUCUACUUGAAAUGAACCAGCAGAUGAAAGCUGGUGCUGAAGACAUUUCAAAUGAAUGGAAUGAUCUUUACCCAUUUUUAAAUUUCCCAGAUGGCUCUUACAUCUUGCAGGAAAAAGUAAAUGCUGGUCAUAUUAGCCCUCGGGAGCAAGUAAGGGCCCAUCAGACUGCUGCUCUUCAACGUGGUACAGAGAUUGUCCGCAAAAUUGUAUCCACUGUAACACCUGCUGAUAAUCCAGACUAUAAAUGGCAGGUAGAGACAGAAUGUGGUAGUGUUAUCAAUUGCACUCAUGUUCUUGUGGCCGCUGGAGGAUUUGCUGGACUGAAGAAUUUGUUUCAGCACGUUAAGCCAGGGAUGGUUCCAGACCUCGACUUGCGAACACAAACUAUUGCAUAUCUAAGAAUUGAUGAAGAUGAGGCCCAGAGACUAAAGACCAUGCCAACUCUCGUCACUAGUUGUCAAUUUGAGAAUCUUGAUGGAGCCUAUGUUUUGCCUCCCAUAAGAUAUCCUGAUGGUCAUUGGUAUCUGAAGUUGGGUCAUGGAAGGAUGUACGAAGAACAUAAAACAACGCAGGCGGAAGUAAGGGAUUGGUACAUAAGACAAACAGGCAUUCCAGAGUGUGUAGAAAAACUGGCAAGAUUUAUGUGUCACAUGUUACCAGGUCUCAAAGUCAAGGAAGUUGUAGGAGAUGGCUGCCUUACAUCACACACACCGGAAGAAGAACCAUACAUUGACAUCAUUGCUGAAAAUUUUGGUGUUUGCUUGGGGGGCAACGGUUAUGGAGCUGGUUCCAGUGAUGAGAUAGGGAGACUAGCAGCUCGUCUCCUGAUGCUGGGAGAAUGGGAUUCGGAUAUACCCCGGGAACGCGUUAAGAUUGUUUGGAAGGCUCAAGCUUAAGGAUUUAGGGACAUUUGCAUUUGUUAUGUUGAGCACUAGUUCUUUUCUUUUUUGCUCCAUGAAUCUGCAGUGGUAGUUUCUCCAAUAUUUGUGUAUGCCAUCAUUAUUUAUACACUAACUUAUGACAAUUUCUUUAUGGAUUAGCAUUUUGGGAGUUAUUACAAACUAACAUUUAAUGUCCCUUGCUGUUCCUUCUACUUUUGCCUCCUUGUCUUCUUUUAUUUCACAUUUAUAUUUUCUUUUUCUACAUUAAUUCUUAUAUUUAAUAUGACUACAAGUAAUUUGCAAGGUAUAGUGAAUGCUCUGAUAAGAUUCCUACACAUGAUUGUGUUCAAAAAUCACUUUAAAAUACCUAUAAAAUACAUUAAAAAUGAAAUGAUGUAAAGAUUUUUGUAAUAAUUAUUACUAUAAGGAUAAAACUAAUGGUAAUAACAAGUAAAGUAAUGAUUUCUGGCUGCAACAACAAAAGCAGUCAAUGUGUUAACGUACAAAUAAAACUGCAAGUGAUAUUAAUAAUGAUUAUUUUGUUUAAAUAUUUGCAGAAUAUACAAGAAAGAUUUAUAGUAAUAGGAAAAAAAGAUAAGUCUAAUAUUAUUAGUUACCAUUGCAUAUAUUUAGUUAGGGAUGAUAAUUUUUAUUAUAUCUAUAAUUACUUUUGUGCAUCGUUAUAUAUUCCUUUAUGUGUACUUGUUUUUAAACUUUGUUAGUUGUGCACUUGUUUUUAUGAUGGCCAUUUUAAGAACACUUUAUAUUCUGUUUUUUAAGCCUUCCCUGAUUAUGUUAACAGGCAUGAGGAUCCACUAGUCCAGUCUAUCAGAUCAAUUUAAAGAGCCCCACCCCACCCCCCCUGCAGAGAUUUUCUGUCUCCCCUAUAUAUGGAAAGCUAAGUUUUUCCAUAUAUUUUGUGUUGCUAGUGUCCCAUGCACUGAAAGAUCUGUUAACAGUCAUUUUCCUGUGUCACAAAACUGAUAUUUUUAUAUGAAAUGAAUUAAUAAAUUGUGAAUUAAU